AUGGGUGUGAAUGAUUAUUGUUCUGGUUCUUGUAGCGCAAGUCACGGUUGUUUCUUUGUAGGAGAAUUGGCAGUUUUGGGUAUUGCGUACCCAUCGGAUGCAGUGUACAAGGGGACUGAUGUAACACUGUAUUGCUGCGUCAACAUGGAUCCUCAAGGUUUGAUCGAUGUUGCAGGGGUCUUGUUCGUGCAAAACACAACAGUUGUACGCGAGCCAACUAAUCAUCCAUUUCACCAUAUGACGGAAUUCGAGAAGAUGAAUACGCCGUAUUGUUGGGAGUUGGAUAUUAGGAACGUACAACUCUCCGAUAGCGGCUCAUACAUGUGCCACGUGAAUGCGAACCAGCAGCCGUCAGUGAAUUACACGAUCGAAUUUCAAGUAAAGGCCCCGCGAACUAUCCAGAAUUUAACGAUCGUCACGAACGAUGUAUCCGCGAAUGUGAGCUGGGAUGUUCAGCAAGGACCACAGCUGAAAAUUGGCUUGAGAUUGGUUCGGAGAACGGGCUUGAAUGGUCAGGAAGUAUUCUCACAAACGAAUGCCAUUUCGCCGGUUACAAUUGGAAAUCUUCGCGCAGCUACGCCUUACAAGUUGUAUGUGACUGUGAACGACAGCCAGACCGACCCUUUCGAAAUCACCGAGCUUUUCAAUACAGCUGAAAGCAGUAAGUCGUAUCUUUCUUUGUCCAAUUUUUGUCUAAUUUUGAUAUAA